GACGAGGGUACCUCCGUUGACAGCGGAAAUCCACAUGAAGUCGGUCGCCGUUUUUGUGUAUUGCACCGAUUAUCUAUAUAUUCUAGAAUCAGUGGUAAAAUGACUAAAAUCUAAUUUUAGUUUUUAAAACUUUGCAAUGAAAAAAAUAAGAAAUCCGUUUUUUCCUUCAAUCGCGUUAUUUUUCAACACUUUAAGAAAAAUAGGUACAUUUUUAUAAUUACUAAAUAGAAGAUCGGAUACGUGAGCAGAGAUGAGCAAAAAGUAUCAAUUUAUUCAAGUAUCAAUAAGCAAAUUUUAUUAUAUAGAUCGAUUAUUCAUACUAUUAUUAGAAAUCUCUUAGUAAAUAUAAUUUUCUAAUACUAAGGCUGUACAAAAUGUAAUUAUAUAAAUUAUAGAUGCAUUAUGAUUUGUGGAUGUUGUAUAGGCCUUUUGUAACAUUGGCGACUUCUAUAAUAUAUUAGUUAGCACUUAGCUGAUAGUUGUAACUAAGAAUCUUAGUUUUAUAUUUUAUGCUUGGAUUUAAAACUUGUUUUGUAUGAACUACGGAUAGAUGUGUAAUUAACCUAGAGUUUUAUCUUAUAAAUGAGGGGUAGAGGGAAGCAGGUGGAUCACAUAUUUGAAAUAUUUUGCUUAGGGUUUGAAAUAUGUUCAUCCUAAAAAAAAAAUGUGUACGUCUAUAGCUGUUUAUCCGACUUUUAGAAAAUAGCUCACUUGCUCUUUUUUAAGCUUUUAGCUCUGACUUUAGGGGUUGUGAAUGGGAUAUCAAGGGUUUCGAGUACGCACAUUGUUUUCGAACAGUCGAACACUAUGUUUGCAUUGCGAGGCGCUCUCUGGCGAUUAACUAAUGUCAGCUUAUGUGUAUUGAUCUCGAAUGUACAACGGGAGCGCGUCAAGGCCAAAGGCAUCGUCGACGUUGUACCGUUAUCGUCGUGCCAAUGCACGGCCAAUAGUAACGAAUCCUUCUUACUCACCACCAUAACACACAAUGGGUCCAAUGGCAAUGAAACGUUUGUUGAACCACGCCACCUUGUUGUCCCUGAUCACUUAUUUCUGUUGUCCGGUGACGGGCUGGCCGGCCGACAGCAACUUUUACAACGAGAUCAAGCGAGUCGUCUACGGCAACACCGACGACUUACCGCCGCUAGCAUUGCCUGUACAAGAGCAAAUAAGUAUAAACAGACCGAUUGAAGUCGAAGGAUGGCCAAGGAGUCCGAUACCCCGUCUUGGGCAAGUGAGUGGAGUGGCCAUGAAUACGGUCGGGCAGCCGGUGAUUUUUCAUCGAGGAAGCCGAGUUUGGGAUGAAAGUUCGUUCAACGAAACGUUUCACUAUCGGCACGUGCAGGAAGGGCCGAUUCUUACCAACACCAUUGUCACUCUGAACCCAAAAACCGGAGACGUGUUGUCCAGCUGGGGCGCGGGAUUCUUUUACAUGCCUCACGGUAUCACUAUUGAUCACCAAGGAAAUGUGUGGGUCACCGAUGUGGCCAUGCAUCAAGUUUUUAAGUUUUCACCUGGGGCGAAUAGGCCGUCGUUGACGUUUGGCAAAAGAUUCGAGAACGGUAAAGGGUACAGGACACUUUGCCAACCGACAUCUGUGGCCAUUGCCUCGACCGGUGAUAUAUUCAUCGCCGACGGAUAUUGCAAUUCCAGAGUUUUGAAAUACUCGGCCCGAGGAGAACUCUUGCGUGUAUUUCCGCACGCUAACGAGUUUUUGAGUCUACAAGUGCCGCACAGUUUGGCGUUGCUAGAACAACUAGACAUGAUUUGCAUCGCCGACCGAGAAGACAUGAGGGUGGUGUGUAGGGGAGCUGAACUCUCGGAUGACAGCAAGGAACAAGCCGCUUUAACAAUACAAGAACCGGACUUGGGCCGCGUUUACGCCAUAACCAACCACGGCAAUAUGCUCUACGCUGUCAAUGGUCCAACGUCACCUGUAAUUCCAGUUAGGGGAUUCACUAUAAAUCCGACGACCGAGACCAUUCUUGACCAUUGGCCUUUAGCUAAGGACGGCUUACAAGUGCCGCACGAUAUAGCUAUUUCCAAAGACGGAUCAUCGUUGUACGUGGCUUCCAUUACUCCAAACCGUAUUGUAAAAUAUACCAUGACGGCAGUUCCAUUGAAAAUUGAUUAAUCAAAAUAAUAAUAAUAAUAUUAUAACUCCAACUCUAAUUAUAUAUGCUAUUUUAAAUACACUAUUAGAACUCAGUUGCUGUUUAAGAUUAAUACAAUAACGUAUAUUUGCAGAAUCAAAUUUGUUAAAACUAUGUUAUGAUAUAGAGAAUAACUCGUAUGUCGUACGCGUUUCCUCGUUAGGUAUAAUUCUAUAUAAUAUCAUAAUAUGAUUUCAAAUACAUAUAGUAGUAUAGAGAAAUGUUUGAAUUAUUUUGAAGUUUCUAUAAUUAUUAUUUACUUGUGUAAACUUAUCAAAGUAUAUUUCCUGCGAUUAAUUGAUUAAAUUUUAAGCGUGCCUACAGGGCCUAAUUAGUAACUCAAUUGGACCAAUUUGUAAAAUGUUAUGUUGACUACUGAUUCUUGAACUUAAAACAAGGCAAUAAAGAAAAUUAUAACACUGUA